AUGUCCGAUUCAGACUCUGAUUAUGCUGUGUCUGUUUACGAUCCUGAAGACAAUUUAAAUUGUUAUGGUUCUCCGAUUGAAAGCCACGAUCAAUUUCAGUUAGGAGAGGUUGCAUCAACUGCCAAUGCCUUCAAUGCAUCAACUGCCAGUGCUUCAACAAUUGUUGAAAACAUUCAACCUCAACGAACCCAGGUAUGUUUGUGAUUUCAUGUUUUGUUUAUUCCUUUAUUAAUUGGUAUGUAUAUUUCUAUUUAAUCAUUGUAUUUAUUUGAUAGUUUUGCAGCUGCAAGAAUACAUGUAGCAGACGUAGUGGACGAAAAAAGCGUGGUUGUCCGUGUCGCGAUGAAAAUUUGCAUUGCACUGACAAGUGUUCCUGUGGGUCAAAAAAGUCUUCUUGUAAAAACCAGGAACAAAGUACGGCGACUGCGACGAAUGCAAAUGCUGGGAAAAAUGCAUUUGACCGCCAUCAAGCGGCCAUCGAGGUUUCUAACCGCAAGAUUACGGUAAGCAAAGCAAGUGUUCAUACAGAAUUUUGA